UUCUGAACUGCAGUUUCAGAAUAUUAAAGUAAAGUUCUACAUUUUGUAAUUUGUACGUACGGAAGAGCAAUAAUCCUAAAUUUACAUCCAAACAGAGCCUUAAGCGGAACGCAGAAAGGAGGAGCAGCAGCCAUGGGAGACGGCACCUCCGGGAGCCGUAGCAGCGGCAGCAACAAGCCGGAGUGGCUGCAGCAGUAUGAUCUGAUAGGGAAGAUCGGAGAAGGAACCUACGGUCUCGUCUUCCUCGCUCGGAUCAAGUCUCAAACCAAUCGCGGAAAAUCCAUCGCCAUCAAGAAAUUCAAGCAAUCCAAGGAUGGCGACGGUGUUUCUCCCACCGCCAUUCGUGAAAUCAUGUUACUGAGGGAGAUAACACACGAGAAUGUUGUGAAGCUUGUGAAUGUUCACAUCAAUCAUACUGACAUGUCUCUGUAUCUAGCUUUCGAUUACGCCGAACAUGACCUUUAUGAAAUAAUAAGACAUCAUAGAGACAAGGUUAACCAAUCCAUUAACCAGUACACGGUUAAAUCGUUACUAUGGCAGUUGCUCAAUGGACUAAACUAUCUGCACAGUAAUUGGAUUAUACAUCGAGAUUUAAAGCCAUCAAAUAUAUUGGUUAUGGGUGAAGGGGAGGAACAUGGAGUUAUUAAAAUUGCUGACUUUGGACUUGCGAGGAUAUAUCAAGCCCCUUUGAAGCCAUUAUCUGAAAAUGGGGUUGUUGUAACCAUUUGGUAUCGUGCGCCUGAGUUGCUUCUUGGAGCGAAACAUUACACCAGUGCUGUUGAUAUGUGGGCUGUGGGAUGCAUUUUUGCUGAGUUGUUGACCUUGAAGCCACUAUUUCAAGGUGCAGAAGUCAAAGCCACACCUAAUCCUUUUCAGCUCGAUCAACUUGACAAGAUAUUCAAGGUUUUAGGCCAUCCCACAUUAGAAAAGUGGCCUUCCUUACCAAAUCUUCCCCAUUGGCAACAAGAUACGCAACAUAUACAAGCGCACAAAUAUGACAAUGCUAGCCUCAAUGGUGUUGUACACUUAUCUCCAAAAAGUCCUGCAUAUGACCUCUUGUCAAAGAUGCUUGAAUAUGAUCCUCGAAAGCGUAUAACAGCAGCACAAGCUUUGGAGCAUGAGUAUUUCAAAAUGGAUCCACAACCUGGGCGGAAUGCACUUGUACCCUGCCAACCUGGAGAGACAUUUGUGAAUUAUCCCACACGUCCAGUGGACACAACAACAGAUUUUGAAGGGACAGCCACCAUGCAAUCUUCUCAGCCGGUAUCAUCUGGAGCUGCAGGCAGCAUGCCUGGUGGUCAUGCAUCAAGAUCUGUCCCUCGGCCAGUGAAUGUUGUUGGCAUGCAAAGAAUGCAUCACCCGGGAAUGCAAGCUUAUAAUCUCACGUCCCAGGCAGGGAUGGGCAGUGGAAUGAAUCCUGGUGGAAUCCCAAUGCAGCGAGGUGUUCCACAAGGCAAUCAGCAGCAACAGCUGAGGAGAAAAGAUCAAAUGGGGAUGCCCGGAUACCCUCCACAGCAGAAGUCAAGGCGUAUGUAAGGAUGCACUGAUAGAUGUCAAGAGAAGAGGGAUUCUGGGUCAACGCUAGGGAGCUUGUGCUCAUUCAGGACAGUUUAUGAACGCCAUGUUCAGAUGGCUUGCUUCAUGCUUGUGGACCUCACAAUUUGUAAAUGCAGAUUUGCAGUCAAAAGAUUCGCCUCAUUGGGUGCAGGAAUUCUGGAUCUUAUACUUAGAACUAUAAUUUUGGAACUCCAAAGGAGCCCGGGGAGGGGAAUAAACAUAGGAAAUGCUUGAGCAACUGGAGGCACAUGUAUAUCAUGCUUAUAGUUGUACAAUGUUCUUGUAGAUUAUGCUUACAUAUGCUAUGGCAAGAUAAAAGAUGUUCAUGUUACAUAGAUUUUCCCAAAAAUGAACUGUUAGUAGUUAAACUGAUGUAUAACUUUGUAGAACUCAUUGUGUAGAAUAUUGCCUUAAAUUAAGGAAGUCGCAAGUUACUA